GCUAGAGUAAAUAUUUUCUCUUGUAUUUACUAUCUUGUGUGUCACCAAAAAUAAAUCUGGGAGCUUCUGUGGGUCUCAGGUUGUGAUGAUCAUGGUUCCGCAUCGCAACAAAGAAAGACUCAAAACCUCAAACACAUAUGAGUAAAAUUAUAAAACAUCCACUUCAAAUAGUAACAGGAGUUAAGUGUAAUUAGUUACAUCCCCCCUUAGUGAUGUAACACUACUGAAUCACAUUCCUGAGUGGCACUGAGCCUGUUGAGGAUUCCUGCACUGGUCUGUGCAUGCUUGGUGCAGUUAGACCAGAUUCCUGCACGACUGAGGCGGCUACACACACUGAGCUGAGGUUUGACACUGGGGCGGAACAGCAGCACAACAAAGAUCAAACGGCUGUGACACAUGUAGAGUAUAGUCAAGGUGACAAACACACACGCACACACACGCACACACACUCUCUCACGUACUGUAGAGCAUUGUCAGAUUCUGUAGUUUAGGGAACAUUUGCCCCAUCCUGACCCAGGAUCAACUCCAUGAUCAGAGGUCAGUCAGACACUCAAAUUGCACACCUAUACAUAAUAUAUUAAAUUAAAUUAAUUCAAUUCUAUUUACUUGAGCCUUAACUUCAAAGGUUAGUAUACAACUUAUAAGCGUAUAGCACCAGAAAAUAGGGUUGAAUGUGGUAAUAUCCUGCUGCAGUUUUCAACUAAAAUUGAAAGUUAACUACAGUCUUUAUCUGUAUAUCUAUAUUUGUGAAAAGGCUUUUAAAGCAACAAUUCACAACUUAGGGUUUAGUUGCAAUAUAAUCAGUCAACUCGUGCCAGUUCAGUGUUUAAACAGAAAUAGACGGAUACAAACUGGCAAAGAAAGACAUCACAACACAUGUGUGUGGAGUUGGCAGGCCAGUCAGUAACAGUGGUGGGAGUUUGGUUUAUUACCCUGAAAAUGUCUGCUACUCCAGAUCUGCAGGCCACCUCUGCUCGUAGACUUGUAUGCAGUAAAGUUUCCGCAUUCUUUUUUGGAUCCUGAAAAGAGAAGUUAGCUAUAAUUAGUGCAGUACUAAUCAAAAACACAUGCUUUAUGUCAGUGAUAAUGUUUCUAAUAAUAUUGCUAAUGUUGCUAGUAUUUUAUAAAACGUGCAUCUGCAACCUGCAUUGAUUUUCUGCCCCAUGGCACUGAAAUAUUCCCCACUUAAUUCCUAUUUAUCAACAACACCAUGAAUAGGUGAAUUUGUAUGAUAUUUUAUAUUUUAUUAUUUUUAUAGCACACUCUUCAGCCUGGCUCUGUGAGGGACUGGUGAUCUGACAAGGGUGUAGCGUUUUGCCCUAUGUCAGCUGGGAUUGGCACCAGCGCCCCCAUGGCCCUCAUGUGGGGGAUAAAGUGAUGGAAGAUGAAUGAAUGAAUGAAUGAAUGAAUGAAUGAGCGAAUGACUCUUCCCUACUCUAUUUUAGUAUUACCGGUGUAAUUUGGACUUGAGCAGACAUUUGUGUUGUUAUUAGAAAUGAGGACUGUCAGGUUAAGAGGGUGAAGACUCUGGGUUGGUAGGACUGUAGCACACACCUGUGAGUUUGUGCAGCUGUUAGUGGACAAGAGUAAGAAAGUUUUAUGUAUGGUAAUCAGCAAGGGUCAAAUUCUGAUUUGUCUUUUAUCACCAGUAUCAUAAUGCGGGGAGCUCAGGUCACCUCCAGCAGACAGACUGUGAGUAAGUAAAACUGCUUUCCUUGACUGACUUGUGAAGUGGUGAUCAGUGAACUGGCCCCAGUACUUAUUGCAUCAAGCACACUUCUCUUCAGUUGGUGUAUUUUAAGGCCAGACCUGGAGAAUCUGUCCCAGUGCUACUCUUACGCUCUGCCUUGCUGCCGUGAUAUCAGUGCGUCAUUUUCCACAUUAGUAUGAAACGGUUUUCGUCUGUGGCUUUCCAUAGCUCAGGUGAUGAGGGUGGAACCAACUCCCUGAGUGACGUAAUUUCCAGGAAGGAGCCCGCUGUCUGUAUCAUGGCCAUGUGUCUGCAUUUAGAGCAUUCCAUUUACUUCUUUGUCAAAUAGUAUAACAUAUGAAAAACUACAACACAGAUAUUGAAACAAUGACCUUUUAAUAAUCAUAACAAAUACGUGGGGCACUGUGUGUUUUUUGUUUUGUGUCGCUUUAAUUUCUUAUCCAAACACUGCCAAAGUCAGCACGCACACACUGGUACUCUUGGCAAGUCACUUGGACAGUGAUGCAAUGAACAGUCAGACAGACAGACGUUGCUUGCAUUUAUAAUAGGGAUGUAGACCCUAGUGUAGUCCAUUUUCCCAUGGUGAAGUUAGUCCUGGUGAAAUUUAUCUAUCGUGCAUUUGUCAGCAGUGGGAUUGAAUGAAUGAAGACCCUGGGAACAUGAAGUUACCUCCCCAUCUCAACAGCCCCUUCUGCUUUACUGGUGUAAUUCUAUAAGGAAAUCAUGAAUAGCAGGAGAGAGAGAGAGAGACCCUAUUGAGAUGACCCUUUCUUUACAUUGUAACUUAACUCCAUUUCUUCCGCUAUAACACAUUGACAAGGAGAAUCCCUCUAAAUAAUGGGUUGUGCAGGGACACCAUUGCUGCAGGCUGCAACCCUGUAAUUGCUGAGCACUUCCUGGUGUGGACGGCAGUUGAGACGACAUGGGAAUGGGAGUGUCUCCAAAAGCACACAAACCUUAUUGUGUCACUGCCCCGAGACACACGCAACACACACACACACACACACGUUUCAUUUCCAGAUCAUUGAUUAUAUGUAUUAUAUUUUUCCUCCAAUAAAACAUGUUAAAGCAAACUUAUUUAAAGAAACAAAAACUACUUUUGCAGACAAACCUUGACACCUGUUCUUUCAGAGGGAACUGAAUCAUUUUCAUUGACAAAGCAAAGUAGGGGAAAGGUCCAGUAUAACACACUCUUGGCCCAUACUACAAUAUCUAGAUUGAUGUAGGGUUAUUAACGUUUUAGCACUGAAUCAUUUACUCAUUUACAGGUUUUCACUCAUACACAAAGAGAGACACAGACACACACACAUACACACAUGCACGCAGACACACAGACUCAGCCUCUUGGCAGAUGGUAAACCAUGAGGUUGACAGGGCUGUAAAACAAGCCUGUUCUCUUUGUCCACCUACGCAGCACUUUGCAUAGUGUGUCUAUCAGAUGGCAGCGUUUUAUCAAGGUGUGGUUGACACUGGCUCCACACAAAGCUCUGUUAAACAGAAAUAUGGGAAGCCUGUCUCUAAUAACUGAGGUGCCACGGCAGCUCUCUCUCUCUCUCUCUCUCUCCCUGUCUGUCUGUCUGUGUGUCUGUCUGUCUCUCACUCAUUGCUGACAUUUUGCACUCAGCCACUGACAGUAAAUGGGACAUUUUACAGCCUUGUCUGUUGGCUAAAAUAACAAGAUUGUCUGGUGACUGCUGCUUCCUCCUUGUGUGAAAUGUGUGAAAUGUGUGAAAUGUGUCAUAACACACGCUGUGGUGCAGUGGUGUGUGAUACCCGCAGUAUUUUCUCUGUAUCUGUGCCACACAGAAAAGUAUCACUGAGUUGUUGUCAGUUGCACUGGCUUGGUCUAUAUAUAAGUACAGUUGGCGUGGUUUUGAGAUGCAUUCGUUGCGUAUGGUUGGCAGACUGUAUAUCUAAUUAUAUGGAUGCAUAGCUGCUCAGUCUAGAGCCUCCCACCCCUGUCAAUUAUCAGGCUGGUGGGAGGAAGAAGGGAGAUUAUGCAUAAUUGCCAACACCGACCAUGGCUGUGCCUGGGUGUUUCCUCCUGAGUGGAAUCACUGAGACAGAGGGUGAUUAGUGGAUUUGCCAUGCGAGCACACAAAUACUAUGUUGCUCAACGGCAUAGCUGCUACUGGAUUUGCCACUAGACAGUAUGAGUAAUGAGGACGUCUGCUGUAAAGGAAAGAUUCAGCCGAACGCAUAAAGGUUAAAAUAACAUUUGUAAAAAAAUAUUUGCAGGCUUUAAUUUUAAAUUUAAAGUUAUUGCACAUCUUUGGGUGUUUUGCAGUUAUCAUAAUAAAUAAUAGUGUUUGUAAGGUUGUCAUAUUGGGUCAGAUUACAUUUUUUUUAAGGUUUCUUUCUAAAAUAUUAUUUCUUCAUUGUACCUAUUGUGUCAGGAUACAAUACCAUGGAAAACUGGCAAAUCCAUUUUGAUUGACACUCAGCGCUCAUGUUACCAUAGGGUUCACACAACAAAGGCUUACGGGCAAUUAAUAUUGAAUGACGCUAAAUUUAGAGGUGGGGUGGGUGUGGGAAACAUUAUCUUGAGUCGUUAGUUUGUCUUGAGCUGUUGCUGUUGUUGUAAAAUUCAGUCUACAAGUGGCAACUGUUGCUAAGGGUCCCAUUACCUGAGUUACCGGCGACUGUUUACUCCGGUCUAGUAGGUUUGCAGCGCGACAGACUGAACUGCAGACAGACAGAAGUGUUUUCAUUCACAGGCCCUCGGUCUGUUGGUUUGCCGUUUGUCUGGGCCGUGCAGUUGGACUACAAGGUUGAGCACACAUGGUGGAAAAGAGUGGAUGAGUUUAUCUGGAUGUUCAUGUGUGUGAUGACGGCGUUGCAGCAUAUUCUGACAAAAUAAAACCCACCUUCCUCACAGAAAAGGUCCAACUUUCCUCCCAUGGAGGAACAUUUCGGGCCAUUGCCAAUAAGCUGCUAUCAGCUAAUGUGAGGUCAUGUUAUUUGAGUCCUGCAGUGAGGGCCAAGGAGAGGACACAAGGCUGGAGAAGAAACAAGAUGAAGGAAUGGAGAAAGAGGAAGUGGAGGUUCCCCGCCACAACAACACGCCCUCAGAGAGCAAAGUGCUAAAAGAGGUGCCACUUGACCACAGUGUCACGCAGGGUGUGAUACCAGAAUGUGUACUGGAGCAGGUCCAGAGAGAGGAGAUCCAGACUCUGGCAGAUAGAAAGAGGAUUUCCCACAUGAAUGUCAACCAAGAGAGCCGAGUCCGAGGGUCAGGUGUGUGUGUGGUGAAGCAAUAUCUCCGCAGGUCUUUUCCCAGGGGUGUGUUGACCAAGGACAGAGAGCGACAUAUAGAUGAGCCGCGGGGUCCAGGACUUUUCUAUUUCUUUGGUGGAGCCAAUGGGGCCGAAAUAGUGAGCAGUUACCUUGAAAGCAAGGGGUGGAGGAGGAUUUACAACAAGCACAGGGAGGAUUUCAAAAUCAAAUGGUGUGAAACUAAGUCACCAGUCAACUACUGCAACUUCAGAGAAGGUGAACAGUUGAUGUACCAGAUUCCUAACAACAAGGUGCUCACCUCCAAGAUUGGCCUUCUCAGCAGUCUGCGAGAGUACGAGCGAGUCAGCAGCAAAGUCAACCAUGGCCGAGGGCUGAGGAGGCUGAAGAUGGAGGACUUCAUUCCCACCACCUUCCGCAUGGAUGUGAAGGAGGAGAGGGAUGCUUUCUUUGGUGUGAGAAACAACGAGAGUCACAUGUGGAUCUGUAAACCCACGGGUCUGAACCAGGGCAGAGGGAUCUUUCUGCUGAAAAGCCAGGAGGACUUAACUGCGUUCAGACUGAAGCUGCAGAACAUGGAGGAAAACCAGGCCAACAGGAGGAUGCAACACUGCCAACGCCAGGCUCGCAUUGUCCAGCAUUACAUUCAGAGCCCGCUUCUCCUGAAAGGGAAGAAGUUUGAUGUCCGCUCUUACAUGCUUAUCGCCUGCACUGCACCGUUCAUGGUCUUCUUUCACCAUGGUUAUGUGCGACUGACCUGUGACCUCUACGACCCUAAGUCCGACAAUCUGUCUGCCCACCUGACCAAUCAGUACAUGCAGAAGAAGAACCCCCUGUACAGUGAGCUGAAGGAGGACACUGUGUGUUCCAUGGAGAACUUCAACACCUACGUCAAUGAGCGGUUUCAGGUUGCUAAGGCUCUGCCCAGGGACUGGGUGCUGGGUGUCUUUGCAAAGCGAAUGCAGCGCAUUAUGACGCAGUGUUUCUUGGCAGUCAAAUCCAAAUUAGACUGCCGACUGGGCUUCUUUGACUUGAUUGGCUGCGACUUCAUGGUCGAUGAGGACUUCAAGGUGUGGCUGUUGGAAAUGAACUGUAAUCCAGCUCUGCAUACAAACUGUGAGGUGCUGAAGCAGGUGAUACCUCAAACUGUGGUGGAGACUCUUGAUUUGACUCUGGAGAUCUUCAACAAGCGUCGUCUCAGGCAGAGAAUCUUCCCUUUGGCCAAUCAGAGAGACUUUGUUCUGCUCUACAAUGGAAAUUUUCCUUACGAUUCAGCACUGACCUGCAACAAGAACAAAACCAGCAGUGAAUUACUUUGUAAAACCACAAACAAGACACUAAAAAAGACUAAAGCCAGAAGGUGCAAGUCAGUAAUUGAUGCGUUAGAUGAUGACUGUUUGAAUGUGUCAGUGAGUGGUGAUGAAGCACAGAUGAGUUCAAAGACUGGCCACCAUCCAAACUCCUCCUCUUCAGUGCUCUUUCUAAACUCAUCACCAGUACAGAGACCCAUCAACAUCCGGCAGACUGUCAGGAGCAAGAGCCACAGGCCGCGGGUCCAACUACAGCUGAGCAAAUGUACUGUGCAUCACCAUUUGAAGUCUGCAGGGGACAUGAAGCAUCCAAAGACACGGGUCAUCAUGGCGCUGUCAUCAUCUUCACAGCUGAGGAAGGGGAUCUCUGUCUGUGGCUCUCUGCAGACAGGACUUCCUGUGUGUGAGGAUCCUGCUGAUCAGGACUUCAGAGAGGAGACAAAGAGUUUAGCGAAUGAAAGAGAAGUGGAACUGUGAUGAAAGUACACAAACAUCUGUGGUCUAAAAAUAAAUCGACAUGUCAGACACCUGGUACUGCAUUAUUCUUAAAGAAAUGCCAACACAAUCCAUGUCUAACAUGACAAUAAAGAAUCUAUUUAUCUCCUUAGUGUUGAUAAGAAGUGACAAAUACGUUUGUA